ACCAUCGCCUUUUGGCCAAUUGUCAGCUUGUUGACGGAGUGUAAAAAUAAACACACAUUCCAGCGAACAAUGCUAAUCCAUUCGAUAUGGUUUGCCCGGAUUAGCUACCAACUCCACAUCCGCAUGUUGCAGGGAACUUGUUCUUUUGCCCCGAGUUUUUUGGCGUAUAAAUACUUGGCUGAGACUGGGGAAUAGCAUCAGUCAACGCACUUCCAGUCUUCGAGAACGUUCGUAGAACACAAGCCCAAAAAACAAUCAACAUGAAAUUCCUCAUCUGCUUGGCCCUCUUCAUCGCCGCCGUCCAGGCUCACGUUGUGGCCCCCGCUGUCGCCACCUAUGCCGCAGCUCCGGCCCUGACCUACGCCGCCGCCCUGCCCCGCGCCUACUCCGCCUACGCCGCCCCCUCCGUUUACGCCGCCCCCUCGGUCUACGCCGCCCCCUCCGUCUACUCCUCCGCCGCCUAUGUGGCCUCCCCCUCCGUGUACUCCGCCUACGCCGCCCCUGCCGUCGUCUCCACCCUGCUCAAGAAGUAGAGUGUUCAGAUCGAUCAAGUAAUAUGUCGCCCAUUUUGUCAACGAUUUUCCAAGAAAUAAAGCUGUGAAUUUACGUAAAGAA